ACGUGAAGCGGCUGAAAACGUAUUUUAUUCGCAUUCCCUAACGAUGAGUGCGUAAUCUUCGUACGCUUUCGUAGGCAUCCGGAGAGCAGCGGUUGCGUAUCCUGUCGUCGGUAGAUGCCGCUAUGCACUUUCAGUCGAACUUCGGCGCCCGUUUGCAAUGGAUCUCUCGAAUCGCGAGAUGAAUCCUCUAUCUUUGAUGUAAACACAAAUGAAAGCGGGAAUUUAACGCGAUUUUUUGCGUGUGAAGGACGACAAUACACAACAACAUAAGCAGCAGCAAGGACAAUAGCAGAACAAAAGUUUGUGUGUGUGCCAAAAAGAUAUGUUGCCGGAAAUGUUAUCCUUGCCGUAUCAUACCACGCAACUCGCAGUACUAGCCAAAGACCGACUAUAAAGAAAAGGCGAAAAACGGCAAAAUACGAAAGAAAGAAGCAAAACAAGCGCAAAACGGAACAAAAUGAUGAUUUUGGCAUUGCCCAUGACGAUGAUGUCAUCCUCAUGCUUUUGUCGUCCUAGCCAAAGUGAAAGUGUUGUUGUUGCUACUGCCGCUUUUCCGGCCAUGUCAGCUCUUGGUGGCACAUGAGCAAUCAUUGCGGUCUCAGACAUGUGACUGUGCCGUUUAAUAAUCAAGUGCAAAAAAAAAGAUAUUAAAAAAUAAACAAGAAUCGAGUGAUAAACAACAAAACAAACUCUCACACAAUCGGACAAGUUAAAUUAACCAUUAAGGAUUACGUCGUCCAGCGUAAAAGAGCCAACAGCUUAGCGAAACAACAAUUAAAAACGGCAAAAUAAGGACUCGGAAUAAAGCUGAGAAAUGGAUAUUUUAAUGCCAUUCUGUCCUAUCACCCUCCUGCUACUCCUCUCCCAUAAUGCAGCUGCAACUGCAGCAAUCCUUGGUCUUGGUCAACUUGAGAGCGGCAACUCUUUUACGCCAUUACCGCUGGCAUCGCCUCCCCUUACCCUGACACCAUCAACGCCAUCAAUAACGCAUUUUGUAAAUGACUCCUUCAUCAUUUUCUGCAAAACAGUACAAAAGGAUAUCGACACCAAGUGGCGUGAUCCCAACGGCCAGCCCCGAGAGAACACCAAGGGGCGAGUGCACAUUGAAAAGAAGACGGGUUUGCUUGCCCUCGUCUUUGAGCAUAUUUCAUUGGACGACAAGGGCAACUGGACCUGCGAAGUGAACGCGAAUGCGGAGCGCGAUGCUAAGAAAUCCUUUGAGCUGCUUGUAAAUCAGAAAAUCUCAUUUGGCAAAACGGAGAUGGUGCAAUCGGUACGCGAAGGAUUCGAUGCUAUGGUCAAUUGCUUUGUCCAGGGAAUGCCGGCACCGGAAGUCUCAUGGCUGCACAAUGGCGAAUAUAUAAACACAUCUGUUAACUCAUCGUCAUCGAAAUACAAUCAACUGUCGAAUGGACUGUAUAUCAGGAAUGUUACUCAAACGGAUGCCGGCGAGUAUACAUGUCGUGCGAUGCGUAUAACACCAACUUUUUCGGAUUCCGAUCAAAUAACGAUAUUACUAAGGACACAACACAAGCCCCAUUGGUUCUACAACGAAACACUACCCGUGCAGUAUGCCUAUGUGGGUGGGUCUGUCAAUCUUAGUUGCGAUGCCAUGGGCGAGCCACCGCCAUCUUUCACCUGGGCACAUAAUGGCAAGGGUAUUGUCGGCUUCAAUCAUCGCAUCUUUGUUGCCGAUUAUGGCGCCACACUUCAACUGAAUAUACGCAAUAACACUCAGUUUGGCGACUACAAAUGCAAGGUGGCGAAUCCUUUGGGCAGCAUAGACCGUGUCAUCAAAUUGCGUCCGGGGGCCAAGCCCCUUGGACCAACACGUUUUCAAAUUAAACGCUAUCAUGCCGAUUCCUUCGAGUUGGAAUUGCGUACACCGCGUAUGAUAAACGUGUCGGAUGAGAUGCAAAUCUUUGGUUAUCGUGUGGCAUAUAUGAGCGAGAAUGAAUUCAAGUAUAGUGCCGGCAAUUGGAGUUAUGCCAAGCAAAGAGACUUUUCAUUUCAUCGCGGUCAACGUUUUAUCAUUUCCCAUCUGAAGGGCAAUACGACCUAUUUGAUGCGAGCCGCCUCCCGCAAUUUGGCCGGUCUGAGUGAUUGGAGUAAUGUGAAAAUUUUUGCCACAGCAGCGGCUUCCAGUUGGCUAUACACAUGCUGGUGUCACUUGGUAUUGCCAUUUAUUGGGUUUAUAUUGAUUUGGCAUUAGAUUUUGUGAUUGAUAUAUAUAUAGAUUGAUUCAUCUUUGUCUUGGUCGUUAUCUAAAUCUUGGUCAUACCCACAUACCCAAGUAGAUCUUAGUUCCUGUUGCUGUUGGUCUUUGUGUAGUUUAUGUUAUCAAUAUUAUUCAUUUUCUUUUACAUUAUAUUAUAUUAUGUAUCUUCUGUGAUAAGAGUUUUUGUGUGCAAUUCACUUAUAACUUACCCCAAAGAAGAGGAUGGAUAGACAAGAAGAGAAAUGCUUUGAUAUUUUCUGCCUAUUGCCAACAUUUUAGAUGCCAAGAAUUUUGCUGCCUCCUUCUUUAUUUCAUUCAUCGAUUUUGUACGUUUUAUAAAGCAGAAAAAUAUGAAAAACAAAAAACAAAA